UCCAACUUUUGAGGAUAAUGUCAUACCUCCCCUGGACCGCUGGAGGGCAGCGACGCCCCUCCGCGUCGAGCUGUCUGCCGCCACAGUGGCAGCAGCUAGCGACGAAGAAGACGUCCAACCCACCGGAGUUUAUGGCGAGUCGCGCACGCAGGGCGGCCCUGGACGCGCGGCUCCCGCCCCACGAGGGCGCCGAGCUGUCGACGGUGGACAUGCACACGGGCGGCGAGCCCGUCCGCGUCGUCGUGAGCGGCUACCCGCGCGUGGAAGGUGACACGCUGCUGGCCAAGCGGCGUUUCGCGCGCGACCACCUGGACCACCUGCGGCGGGCGCUGAUGCUGGAGCCGCGGGGCCACUACGACAUGUACGGCGCCUUGCCGGUGCCCAGCGAGCUGCCCGACGCCGACGUGGGCGUGCUGUUCAUGCACAACGCGGGCUACAGCACCAUGUGCGGCCACGCCGUGCUGGCCCUGGGACGUUUCGCCCUCGACUACGGCCUGGUCAAGGAGCCGCGCUCGCCCGAGACGCCCGUCAACAUCCACUGCCCGUGCGGCCUGGUCCGGGCCUUCGUGGAGUACGCCGACGGCAAGACGGGCGCCGUCAGGUUCCUCAGCGUGCCGGCGUUUGUCUUCGCCGCGGACGUGACGGUGGCCGUGGAAGGCUUCGGCGACGUGACGGUGGACAUCAGCUACGGAGGAGCCUUUUACGCCUUCGUGGACGCCCAGCGCUUCGGUCUGGACGUGAGGGAGUCCAGGACCAGAGAUCUCGCGGACGCGGCCGCGGCCGUCACCGAAGCCGUCAAAUCGCAGGUGAAGCUGCGGCACCCGCUGGACGACGACCUGGCGUUCCUGUACGGCACCGUCCUCACCGACGGCAAAGAUCUCUUCUCCUCGGACGCCACCGCCAACGUCUGCGUCUUCGCCGACGCUCAGGUGGACCGCAGCCCGACCGGAUCUGGCGUGACGGCCCGAGUGGCCCUCCAGUACCGCAAGGGUCUGAUCCGGUUGAACCAGUCCAGGACUUUCCAGAGCGGAGCCACGGGAUCGCAAUUCACCGGCAAAGCCGUGGAGGAGACCACGUGCGGGGACUUCAAGGCGGUGGUGGUGGAGGUGGCCGGCAGAGCUUUUUACACGGGAGUUUCCUGUUUCGUGCAGGAGAGCGACGACCGGCUGAAGGACGGCUUUCUGCUCAAGUGAGCGUCACCUACUGCUUGUGAUUAUUCACAUUUAUGUCUAUAUGAUAGCAAUAGGUGCGAUAUUUACAUUUGAAAUUAAAAAAAAAAAAAUAAAAAUCUCAGGGCCGUCCAAAGAAAAAAGUAGUCUUACUGUCCACUAGAUGGAGCCCUAACUCAGUGCACCGUAUAAGAGUCAGGGUGCUUGCAACGUUAUACAUUUCUCAUAUUCUUAAAAAAAGACAUAGAAAUGAUGCCAUAGAUAAUGAUCUCCCAGUUCCCCCCCGCAAAUCUGU